AUGGAACAGACAUUUACAUUUGGUACAACUCCUCCUUCAGGAGUGAACACAACAGUUGGUACAACUCCUCCUUCAGGAGUGAACACAACAGUUGGUACAACUCCUCCUUCAGGAGUGAACACAACAGUUGGUACAACUCCUCCUUCAGGAGUGAACACAACAGUUGGUACAACUCCUCCUUCAGGAGUGAACACAACAGUUGGUACAACUCCUCCUUCAGGAGUGAACACAACAGUUGGUACAACUCCUCCUUCAGGAGUGAACACAACAGUUGGUACAACUCCUCCUUCAGGAGUGAACACAACAGUUGGUACAACUCCUCCUUCAGGAGUGAACACAACAGUUGGUACAACUCCUCCUUCAGGAGUGAACACAACAGUUGGUACAACUCCUCCUUCAGGAGUGAACACAACAGUUGGUGCUCAACAGUGA